GUGUCAAACAAACAACGCUGUUUGAAAAAAUCUCAUUUUUUUCCUGUUGGAUCCUUGUUGACAUUCUCUUUGUUUUCAUUUAAAGUUUAUCUGGCUUAAGUGGCUGAUGUGCAUUUUCCUACAGAAUUAGAAUUAGUAAAGUGUAUAUUAAGUUGAAAUUGUAAAGUAAAUAUGAAAGAUUCGACAAUGCAUUUAAUGGAUAAUGAAAUUUUAUCCCGUUUGCCGGUGCCCGAGAUACGGGAGGAAACAUUUCAGCAUUCCUACAAACAGGCACACAGACGAGAAGAUAUACGCCUUAAACCACCGAAACUGAAGCCUCGAUACGAUACAAAUUUUAAUCGUGACCACACAGCUCAUGCAAUAUCGUUUCGUGGUGAUGACCCAGAAGGCGUGGCAGACUCUUCACUGUUAGGCUCUACGUAUAAUUGUUCAUUAAAUGAGACGUAUUUUGAGCAGUGUUUUACAAGAGUUGCGAAAAUAGGCGAAGGAUCUUUUGGAGAAGUAUUCAAAGUUCGUUCCAAGGAAGAUGGACUUCUGUAUGCUGUUAAAAUGUCCAAGCAAUUGUUUCGUAGUGAUUUAUAUAGACAAGAACGCUUGGAGGAAGUACGAAGAUACGAACAAUUUUCGGGGCACAAAAACUGCCUUAAGUUCUAUCGUGCUUGGGAACAGGAAGAUCGUCUUUUCAUGCAAAUGGAAUUAUGUCGAGAGAGUUUGGACUCUUAUUUGCAACGCAAACGCAACAUACCCGAAGAGAAAAUAUGGUCAAUACUGUUGGACCUGCUGUUGGCCCUGAAAAGUCUACAUGACCGCAAUUUAUUACAUUUGGACAUAAAGCUUGAUAAUGUUUUGAUUGGCGACGAUGAUAGCUGUAAAUUAGCAGAUUUUGGAUUGGUUAUUGACGUAGACCGUGCCAACAAAAAUCAGGCAACAGAGGGGGACUCUCGUUACGUGGCGCCAGAAAUAAUGCAGGGCAAUUUUUCAAAGGCUGCCGAUAUAUUUAGUUUGGGCAUUGCAAUGUUGGAGCUGUCAUGCUAUUUGGAACUACCGGCAAAUGGUCCUCUAUGGCAACAACUAAGAAGUGGUGUAUAUCCGGAUGAUUUUUUGCAAAAGAUAUCGGAAGAAUUACAACAUAUAAUUAAGGAUAUGAUGACGCCUGAUCCCCAUAAAAGGCCAACGGUGGACGAGCUGUUAAGUAAUAAACGGUUCGUGACAAUGUUGCAGCGAAGACGUCAUUGGGAGUUGGUAAAUAACAUAAAACAAGUUCUGCGAAAAUCUCGCCGUCUGGCCUGGUCAAAACUGUGCAAUCUGAAGACCACUGUCUUUAAAAUUUUUAUCAGCAUAUUGACUAUUUUUCGAUUUCACGAAUAUCCUUCUGAUCAAUGUUCCGACGCAUAUAGUGCACCUAAUACGGUGGAAAAGAAGAGACCGCCACACCUACGUUCCCAUCUAACAACGUCUACCCCUACUAUGAAUUCCUCAAAAGCAAAGGCAAGAAUAGAUUUCCACUUCGAUGAAGAUAUUGAUUUUGGACAACAACAUUCCACACCUUAUAACAAUCAUUUGUCCGACAAUAAAAUGGUUAACUCUACUCCAGUUAUACAUAAUCAUAGUGGUUUUCGUUCGCGUAGAGAUUUAACAAAAACAUGCUUCAAUGAUAACUCCGAAGCUAUAUCAUUGGAUAAAUCAACCUUUUCCUAUUUAGACGAUUGUGAUUCGGAUGAAAUACCUAGCAUGCGUAAACCAUUAGAUGUGUCUUCUGUGAGAGGCAAGAAACUCUUUAGUAAAUUUGAUGAAGAUACCGAUUAGCAUUCCGUCAUAGUUCCUAGGAUCUUUUAAUAUGGUUUUAUUAUUGUGUUUAGGCUCAGCUGUUAAAUUGUAUUUAGUUAUUCCUUUCCACACUCAUAUCCUACGAUAAUUUAUACUCAUAAUUUUGCUCAAAAAUGUGUUGGCAUUUAAGGAUUAUCAUACUAUUUUGUUUUGCUUUUGCAAUUUUUUAUACAUUUUUCGUAUAUAAAUUGUAUACUCAAUUGAAUAUACCUAUAAUAUAUACAUAUGUAUAUAACACAUAGGUUUAUAUUGCUAUAUGUGAUAUGUUAUCAUCAAAAGAUAUAUUUUUAAAUAAUAUUGAAAUGUUUAUUUGUAUUUAAAUAUCAGCUGGGAUUCUAUAUCAAAUAUCUUCCCUCCAAAUAAUUAAUGUAAUCAUACCCCCAUCGUUGAUUAGUUAAGGUUUAUGUUAUUGAUUUGAUUAAUCAAAUUUAUUGUAUUAAUAAAAACUUUUUUACCAUGUGUGUAAUUCUUAAGUUAAUGAUCUAAAAUAUAUGUGAAUGAAAUUGAAA